AUAACACUGAACUGACCUUCGCUCAUCAAAAACCCUAACCAGUCAGUCAAGUUCUCCAUCAAUGGCGUCCCAAAUGGCUAUUUUCGGUCGGACCCGAACCCUAGUCAAAACUUUAAGUCAAAACUCUAAAUUUAAGUCCAUCACCACCUUCGGGUUCUUGAGUCAAGAGCCUCAGCUGGCGGAGUCAAAUCACGAUCCGGCAACUCCACUUCCCCCGAACCCGGCCUCCGGUAGCCCCCUAUACCAUGAGAACUGGAGGAGCCCGAUCACAAAUGCUUCCAUGGCUCAGUCGUUGCUUCCUCUUGAUUUCUUGCAGCGGUCGUCGACCCCUCACAUCCAAGCUUUGUCGCAGUCCCUAGACAGUGCGAGCCUUAUGAAUUUAUUCGCCGAUUGGAUGGCGUCACAGAACUGGGCUGACAUGAAGCAGUUGUUUGAGUACUGGGUUCGGUCGCUAGACAAGAAUGGGAAGCCUAACAAGCCUGACGUGAAUCUCUUCAACAAUUACCUGAGGGCCAAUUUGAUGACCGGAGCGUCGGCCGGAGAGUUGCUGGAUCUGGUGGCCCAAAUGGAUGAGUAUGAUGUCAAGCCAAACACAGCGUCGUUUAAUCUAGUACUCGAAGUUAUGUACCAGGCCAAAGAGACUGAAGCUGCCUUGAAGUUGCUUGAACGGAUGCUGCAAACUGGGAAAGAAUCUCUGCCUGAUGAUGAAUCGUAUAACUUGGUUCUUGCCUUGCUUUUUCAGACCAACAGAAUUAAUGACGGCGUCAAAUAUAUAGACUUGGCAUUAAAAUCUGGCUAUACAUUGUCAGUGAAGGUGUUUACAGAUUUCGUUCGAGUCUGUCUCAAAACUCGCAGGCUGGAUGCCUUGGUUUCGAUUAUUGAGAAGUGCAAGUCAAUGGAACAAAACAAAUCUCUUUGUCCUCCCUGGGCAACGUGCAACCUCAUUGCAGAUCUUUCAUUGCAAGAGGACAAUAGCAAGUUAGCUUAUCAUGCCCUGGAGUUUUUGGCCAAGUGGAUUGCUAGAGGUGAACAAGCAAGGCCUUCUGUUUCUCUUUCUGUGGAUGAAGGAUUACUUGUGUCAGCACUUGGAACUGCUGGUAGAACUUACAAUUCUAAUCUCUUGGAUGCAUCGUGGGCAAUCCUAAAGCGCUCAUUGCGUCAAAAGAAGGCCCCUAAUCCUGAAUCUUACCUUGCAAAGAUAUAUGCCUUGGCAUCGUUGGGGGAGCUACGGAGAGCUUUUAGUACGUUAAAUGAGUUUGAGUCUGCUUAUGAACAUUCCAAUAAAAUAGCAGAAGCUCAACUAUUUUGUCCAUUCACCUCUUUAUCUCCAUUGGUUGUGGCAUGUUCCAAGAAAGGUUUUGAGACUUUAGAUGCAGUGUAUUUUCAACUGGAGAAUUUGAGUCGUGCAGACCCUCCUUACAAGUCAGUCGCUGCUUUGAACUGUGUAAUAUUAGGAUGUGCAAAUAUUUGGGACCUUGAUCGUGCAUACCAGACCUUUGAGGCAAUUAGUUCUUCCUUUGGGCUGGCUCCUGACGUUCAUUCUUACAAUGCUCUAAUGUAUGCUUUUGGGAGGCUCAAGAAGACAUUCGAAGCUUCAAGGGUGUUCGAUCACAUGCUAAGUUUGGACGCUAAACCCAAUGCAAAGUCAUACUCGAUACUUGUUGAUGCUCAUCUUGUCAACCGAGAUCAAAAAGCCGCUCUCUCUGUUAUUGAUAGCAUGGUAAAUGCCGGUUUUGAGCCAUCCAAAGAAACAUUGAAGAAUACCAGGAGACGAUGUAUUCGGGAGAUGGACUGUGAAAGCGAUGAUCGUGUGAAUUCUUUAGCAACAACAUUCAAGAUUCGGAUGGGUAAUGAGAAUCGCAGGAACAUGCUGUUCAAUCUUGACUACAGCAACAAGUUUGCCUCAUAGGUUGGCUUUUUAAUGAUACGGAAAAUCUGAACGCUUCUCAUUUGUUUCACCAAGAGAGAGUUCGAGCGUUUUGUUCGAUAAUUUUCGACAGUGUUUGUAAAUUAACUGAGUAUACUAAAUUUUGAGGCUUGGCAGGAUUAAUGCUAGGAUCAGUCCUUUUUUUAUAAUGCUCCUUAAUUUUGUUUUCCUCUUUCAUAUUUAUUACUAUAUAUUUUUUCUUAAUUUGUUAGACUAGAACAGUAAGAAGUAGUUCUGAUGUUGAGCGAAUAAAUUGUAGGAAAAAUCAGUUUUUUUAGAUAACUGAACAGUGUACUUUUGUCCAUCCAGUGAUGGAUAGGAAAAACAUCUUGAUGCAGAUUAACAUAUUGUACUUCCAUCUUUA